CUUGGUUCUAAAUUGUAUGCACUUCCGAUCAAUAAAUGAAUGUGUUUGCAAGUUGAGGCAGUUAAUAUUAGAUGGAAUCUUACGCAGAUGUGAUAGCUAACCAGCCUGUUGUAAUAGACAAUGGGUCUGGAGUUAUCAAAGCAGGUUUUGCAGGUGACCAAGUACCAAAAUACCACUUUCCAAACUUUGUGGGAAGACCAAAGCAUGUGAGGGUAAUGGCAGGUGCCCUAGAAGGGGAUGUAUUUCUAGGCCCAGAAGCAGAGGAACACAGAGGACUUUUGACCAUUAGAUACCCAAUGGAGCAUGGCAUCGUGAAAGACUGGAAUGACAUGGAGAGAAUUUGGCAGUAUAUUUAUUCCAAAGACCAAUUACAAACCUUUUCAGAAGAGCAUCCUGUGCUGUUAACAGAGGCACCACUGAACCCAAGAAGAAAUAGAGAAAAAGCAGCAGAAAUAUUUUUCGAGACUUUUAAUGUGCCAGCUCUGUACAUUUCCAUGCAGGCAGUGCUUAGUUUAUAUGCCACAGGAAAGACAACAGGAGUAGUUUUAGAUUCUGGAGACGGUGUAACUCAUGCUGUCCCGAUUUACGAGGGCUUUGCCAUGCCACACAGCAUAAUGAGGUCGGAUGUAGCCGGCAGGGAUGUCACACGAUACCUUAGACUGCUUCUUAGGAAAGAAGGAUACAAUUUCCAUACAUCUGCUGAACUUGAAAUUGUUAGAACCAUCAAAGAGAGAGCCUGCUAUUUGUCAGAUAAUCCCCUCAAAGAGGAGACAGUGGAGGGAGAAAAGUCACAGUAUACGUUACCUGAUGGAAGUGUUAUUGAGAUUGGUCCUGCUAAGUUCCGAGCACCAGAAGUCCUGUUUCGACCAGACUUAAUCGGAGAAGAGUUUGAAGGAAUACACGAGGUGCUUGCUUACUCCAUUAGAAAGUCGGACAUGGAUCUCCGGCGAAUGCUCUUCUCAAACGUAGUCCUGUCAGGAGGAUCAACACUUUUCAAAAGAUUUGGUGAUAGACUUUUAAGUGAAUUAAAGAAACUAGCCCCAAAAGAUAUAAAAAUUAGGAUAUCUGCUCCUCAAGAAAGGUUAUACUCAACUUGGAUAGGUGGUUCCAUUUUAGCUUCCCUGGACACUUUCAAGAAAAUGUGGGUGUCAAAACGGGAAUAUAACGAAGAAGGAGUGAAGGCCAUUCACAGAAAGACAUUCUAACCAUGUACAAAGCUAGAAACCAUCUAUUUAUGAUCAACCUACAAGCAUGUGACAGUUGAUGCAGGGAAGGGGUGUGGGAAAAGAACAAAUGCUUUUUUUUUUUACAUUAUAAGUGGUAUAAGUAUGGUGUAUACAAUUAAUUUGCAGCAACUGUAUUUAUUAUUGUCUAUGGUUGAUUUAAUAGUCAUAUAUUUAUUAGUGCUGAUAUGAAAAGCAAUCUGACCCCGAGUUAUUGAAAAUGAGGUGCAUUCCAAUAAAUGGUCAGGUGGUCUUCCACUUUUCAUAAAGGAGUUUUUGUACCCUUUAGUUUGACUGUUGGGACUUCCAAGGUUAUUGGAGAAAUUGUGGUUUGAACCAGCCUCUUUUGAACAUGUCCAUUGGGAAACACUUAAUGUUAUAAAGUUUAUAGAUGAUAAAGCUUUUGUGUUCAGCUUUGAUAUUGCCUCUACAUUUUGCAGUUGAUGUUUUCUAACAUAUCUGUCUUUAAAAGUCAUCAUUUCAUUACUAAAAAUUUUUUUUUCAGA